CUGUAAAGUCCCGACUCCCCAGAAUGCAUCAUAACUAAGAAGCGUAUCCUGGACACAAUGAAAUCGCGCACGAGGAUUGAAUGAAAACACUGUGGACAGGAUUUACCUGUGAUGGAAUAAAUUUGGCCAGGCUGCUGUUUUGUGCACACCGGCGACAAGAACACGAAAAAUAAUCCCAGAGGAGCGAAAGUGGUUGCUUGCUGCCAAUGGGGCUGUUUGACAAGUUGGCAGGAUGGCUGGGCUUCAAGAAAGAGGUGAAUGUGCUCUGUCUUGGCCUCGACAACAGCGGGAAAACUACCAUCAUCAACAAACUCAAACCGUCUAAUGCUCAGGCACAAGACAUUGUCCCAACCAUUGGUUUCAGCAUAGAAAAGUUCAAGACAUCCAGCCUUUCUUUCACAGUGUUUGACAUGUCAGGCCAAGGCAGAUACAGAAAUCUGUGGGAGCACUACUACAAGGAAGGCCAGGCUGUUAUAUUUGUCAUUGAUAGUGCGGAUAAGCUAAGGAUGGUUGUGGCCAGAGAAGAAUUGGACACGUUAUUAAAUCAUCCUGACAUUAAACACAGGCGAAUUCCCAUCCUGUUCUUGGCUAACAAGAUGGAUGUCAGAGAUGCUCUGUCGUCAGUUAAAGUCUCACAGCUGCUCUGCUUGGACAAUAUCAAGGACAAACCUUGGCACAUCUGUGCUACUGAUGCACUGAAAGGAGAUGGUUUACAGGAGGGAGUUGAAUGGUUACAAGAUCAAAUUAAAUCGAUGAGAACAUGAGGGUGUGAAGCAUCUUUCAUGGAAGAAGGUACCAAAAAACAUUCUGUAGACAUCUGUAUGAUAUGAUAUCAUUGGGGGGGGGGGGAUAUUUUACAGAUGUAGUGUUAUUCUUUUUUUUAAUCCUUUUCUUUUAAUUUCCCUUGGCUUUUGUACAUAGUUCGUGUGUAUAGUGCAUCAUUCACUCAGUCGUAUUGCAGUUUAUUUUUUUAUACGUUCACAAACUCUCCAUAUAUAGUAUGUGCGUUGGCAACAUCCAUUCUGUAAAACGAUUAUCUCAAACAACCAAAAACACUCAAAUGUAAAAAAGACACUUUUAGCUUAUGAUUAUUUUGAUAGUACAUAAUUUUACUGUAGAAUAGGUAUAUACUGUAAUUCACUUUAUCUGUGGCACUAAAAAAUUUAAUAGAAAUGAAUCAGCAAUGCAACAUAAUUGUGCCAAUAUCAUUUGUUCCUACACUACCAUACUUAAGAAAGUCCGCGACUGCAGUAAUUUGAAAAAGUACUAUCAAUGUUUAAUUUCUUACUCUUUUUCUUUAUGUACAGUGAGUACGGAAAGUAUUCAGACCCCCUUAAAUUUUUCAGUCUGUUACAUUGCAGCCAUUUGCUAAAAUCGUUUAAUUUUUUUCCUCAUUAAUGUACAAACAGCACCCUAUAUUGACAGAAAAAAAACGGAAUUGUUGAAAUUUAUAAAAAAAGAAAUACAGGAAGUCCUCGAGUUAUGACGUACUCGACCUACGACGUUUCGAAUUUACGACGCCCGUGCCUCGUCCGCCAUUUUGUCCCCAGCACCAUAGUGUUUCUGCUUAGCUAGUGCAUAGUGCUUGUCUGUGUUUGUGCCAGGAGUAUCUUUGCCUUUUUCGCCCUCCUUUUUUUCACACUCAGCAGUAAUGGUAAGUACAGCAUCUUAUUUUUUAUUUUAAUGUAUUUUUGUUUCUUUAUACGAAGCGUUAACCUUUCCUGCUACGGUCACCUGACUGUGGUCGGGAGACGCAGGGUUAACUCCCUUCUCUCGUUGCACAGCUGAGCUGGGUGGCGGCAACAAUAAAGGCACGAAGCACCGAUUUGCUGCUUUAAUGGCUUUAUUUCCUCCUCUGGACAUUCAACGUCAACGGGUCCUCCGCUAAUCGCUACUCGUCCCCGGUCGCCGCUCUCACACACAUGAGCUUGCUGUCACAAUCACGUGGGGCAAUACCCGUAACGCAAGUAUUUUGCCGUAAAGUUCGAUUUUUAACGGUGAAAUCCGACUUACGCGGAAAUUCGUGUUACGUCGCCAGCGUAGGAACGGAACUCGUUCGUAAAUUGAGGACUUUCUGUACUGAAAUAUCACACAGCCAUAGGUUUUCAGACCCUUUGCUCAGUAUUUAGUAGAAGCACCCUUUUGAGCUAAUUCAGCCAUGACUCUUUUUGGGAAUGAUGCAACAAAUUUUUCAGACCUGUAUUUGGGGAUCCUCUGUCAUUCCUUCUUGCAGAUCCUCUCCAGUUAUGUCAGGUUGGAUGGUGAACGUUGGUCGAUGGUGAACGUUGGUCGACAGCCAUUUUCAGGUCUCUCCAGAGAUGCUCAAUUGGGUUUAAGUUAGGGCUCUGGCUGAAGAACAGUCACGGAGUUGUUCUGAAGCCACUCAUUCGGUAUUUUAGCUGUGUGCUUAGGGUCAUUGUCUUGUUGGAAGGUGAGCCUUUGGCCCAGUCUGAGGUCCUGAGCACUCUGGAAAAAGGUUUUUGUCCAGGAUAUCCCUGUACUUGGCCGCAUUCAUCUUUCCUUUGAUUGGAAAGUCGUCCUGUUCCUCCAGCUGAAAAACACCCCCACAGCAUGAUGCUGCCACCACCUUGCUUCACUGUUGGGACUGUAUUAGACAGGUCAUGAGCAGUGCCUGGUUUUCUCCACAUAUACCGCUUAUAGAAUUAAGGCCAAAAAGGUCUAUCUUGGUCUCAUCAAAGCAAAGCAAAUUUAUUUAUACAGCGCAUUUCAUACACAAGGUAAGUCAAUGUGCUUUACAUGAUUAAAAGCAUUUUAAAACAGGAAAAAAACAGCUUAUAAACAUUUAAAACAAAGAGGAAAAAAUACAAUUUAAUAUCAUUUAAAAGUGGAAAUGCUCUCAAAAAGUGGGGGGGGGGCGGUCAACCUGGAUUUAAAAACAUGCACACUUGGGGCUGACGUCACUUUGGUUGGCAACUUACUCAAUUUGUUUCCAGCAUAAUAGCUAAAUGCUGCUUCACCAUGUUUGCUUUGGACUCUGUGCUCCACUAUUUGACCUGAGUCUGUCGAUCCCAGAGCCCUACUGGGUUUAUAUUCCAUUAGGAUUUCAUUAAUGUAUUCAGGACCUAAACCGUUUAGUGAUUUAUAGACCAGUAGCAGAACUUUAAAAUCUAUUCUAAAGCUGACUGGAAGCCAGUGUAAAGACUUUAGUAUUGUAAUAAUAUGCUCUGACCUCUUUGUUCUGGUCAGAACGCGAGCUGCAGCAUUCUGAAUGAGCUGGAGCUGCUUAAUGCUCUUUUUAGGGAGUCCAGUCAGAAGACCAUUACAAUAGUCAAAUCUACUUGAGAUAAAAGCAUGGAUGAGCUUCUCCUGGUUUGCUUGACACAUGCAAGCCUUCACUCUGGAUAUGUUGUUCAGAUGGUAGAAGGCAGUUUUAAUCAUUGAUUUGAUAUGACUGUUGAAAAUCAGGUCGGAAUCUAUCAGAACACCAAGGUUUCGGACUUGGUCUUUGGUUUUUAAAGAGAGUGACUCCAGGUAUUUACUAACAGCAAUCCUCUUCUCUUUCCUGCCAAAAACAAUUAUCUCAGUUUUAUUGUGGUUUAAUUGAAGAAAAGUUUGGCUCAUCCAUUAGACAGUGACACGGCACCUAAAUUCAACUGUAAAGAUGUCUGCGCUCCCAAAAAGAUGCAGAAAUUGUCAAUGAAACUCAAUGAUAGUGCAGUACACACUUCUUUGAGCCACUUAUUAAAUUGACUGAACCUAGAGAAAUGUUCAUCUCCAAAUCAUACAAGUGGGAAUGGUCCACUAAUAAAAACCUCAGCAUCCAAACAUUGCACUAUUGUUAGGAGAUCAAUGAAAUCUCAUUUCAGUUGCAAUAUUUCAAUAUUUUGCAUUGACUCGCGCCCUUUUUUUCUUGCCCUUCGCUGUAGCGAUCGUCCACGGCCGAUCACUCGGGGUUGAAGCAGCCCGCAACGCAGACCAGCCGGAUUCCUCUGUAAUCUGCUGAUAUUGUGUCCUCCCUUUUAGAUGUUGUCCCAUAUCUUUGGGCUUUGCUCCCAGUAAAUUCUAGGGAGAACUGCUGGAUGGUGCAUUACCGUUUCCACAUUCCACAUCUGUCCUCUUUGUUGAGCUAAGUGGCUGUCUGUGACAUCGGUAGAGUGGUUUCAUUCCACGACUGUCCAUUUACAUCCAUAUACACUUCAAGACUGUGGAUUUUCGUUUCCAGGAUUGACAUCCUCUGCAGCAGUCCGUGAUAGUCCUCAGUGGAAAAGGGAGGCAUCUUGAUUGCUGGUCUUGUUGCUAAUGGCAGGCUUGUGCUAAUUAGCAGGCUAUGCUCACGUAAUGGUGAGAGGGUAUCAGAAAAUAUUGGAAUAUAGCAACUGACUGUAGCUACAAAAAAAAAGUACAGUCCAACAGGUUUAUAAAUAUCCAGGAGUCACUGUUACUAAUUUUUUUUUAAAGAAAAAUAAGGCUCAUCAGCAAGAAAAAAUUUAAACAGAAGCGAAGCAAGAAAAGCGAGCAAAAAAAGUGUCUGCACUGUACGACAGCGAGGGAGAGUCUAAUCAGACAAGAAAAUGUUAUUUCUCACCAUCUUAACUCCAUGCGGGCUUUCAUGUCUUGCACUGAGGAGAGGCUUCCGUCGGGCCACUCUGCCAUAAAGCCCCGACUGGUGGAGGGUUGCAGUGAUGGUUGACUUUAUAGAACUUUCUCCCAUCUGCCGACUGCAUCUCUGGAGCUCAGCCAGAGUGAUCUUUGGGUUCUUGUUUACCUUGCUCACCAAGGCUCUUCUCCCUCGAUUGCUCAGUUUGGCCGGAUGGCCAGCUCUCGGAAGGGUUCUGGUCGUCCCAAACGUCUUCCAUUUAAGAAUUGUGGAGGCCACUGUGCUCUUACGAACCUUAUGUGCAGCAUACAUUUUUUGUAACCUUGGCCAGAUCUGUGCCUUGCCACAAUUGUCUCUGAGUUCGUCAGGCAGUUCCUUUGACCUCAUGAUUCUCAUUUGUUCUGACAUGCACUGUGAGCUGUAAGGUCUUAUAUAGACAGGUCUGUGGCUUUCCUAAUCUAUAAGUAUAAUCAAACACAGCUGGACUCCAAUGAAGGUAUAGAACCAUCUCAAGGAUGAUGAGAAGAAAUGGAUAGCACCUAAGUUAAAUAUAUGAGUGUCACAGCAAAGGGUCUGCAUACUUACGGCUGUGAUAUUUCUGUUUUUCUUUUUUAAUAAAUCUGCAAACAUUUCAACAAUUAUUUUUUUUCUGUCAAUAUAGGGUGCUGUGUGUACAUUAAUGAGGAAAAAAAUGAACUUAAAGGAUUUUAGCAAAUGGCUGCAAUAUAACAAAGAGUGAAAGAUUUAAGGGGGUCUGAAUACUUUCCGUACCCACUGUAUAGCCACAGAUCCUAAACCGCACUUUUAUCUUCCUUCCUGAGUGAGGCAUUUAAAAAAAAAGGAACAAAUCUUCUGGAAUGUCUAAUCCCAGCCUGGUAGUCAUCAUGGCAGUCUAAGCAUUGUCUUUCACACGUUUACCGUAUCUCUUUCAGUCUGUGUCUGUUUUCACAUGUAUUUAUGCCAUCAUUCAGUUUUGAAUGUAUUUUUAACAUUACAUUGUUGACAAUGAGCAGUUAAAUUUUUUUUGGUUUUGGACAUUUGACUUUUGUUUCAACUGUUUUAGUUUGCAAGCCACACACACAGGGAUGCAUGUGUCAAAGCCAUCAUUCAUCGCAGCUAAUACAUGUGCCGCUUUCGUUCAACAUUUCAGUUUUUGAUUAUUCUUGGUUUUCGUUCAUGUUUUUGUAAAGCUUGAACAUGUUCUACUUUUAGGCGCUGUCACUAACCAACCGUUAUCAAACCCCACCGUUACUUUAAUAAGGAGGCUGUCAUGUAAAUUUAUCAGUUUUAUUUUUGCCUUAUUUGAUGGCACAACUGAAAGUAAACUUCACAAUCAGUCAGGCUACUUUUCCAAUUAAACUUGGACAUGUGGGAAAACAUCAGUCUUGUUUUAAUAUAUAUCCAUGGUGUUAUUUGUUUUAGACUGAAGGUAUGAACACUGGAUGUUGUAAUCGAUUAGCUAAGCUUGAUUAUCCAUGUUUAGUUUGGUUGAUUAUUGAGUACAAGACAACACACACAGUGUUGCUGUGAUAAAGGUAAAAUACUACACAUCAAUAGUCUUUUCAUUGCUCUAAAACUUAACUUAAACUUAAACAAGACAAUUCUGUUUGAUGGUGCAGUUUGUGUAGCUUUCAGCUCAUUCUCAAUGUCCUCCAUAUAUGUAUUAUGAUUUGAGGGCAGUGCAAAUUCUGUACACAUAUGUAACUAUUGGUUGCUUUAAAGACAGCAUUUUGUUUGUAAAAUAGCUUUUAUUUAUAAAUGAGUAUAAAACUACCCUCAAAGCAUGAUGUUAGGAUGAUGUAAGAUGAACCGUGAAUGGUCUUGGUAUGUAUCUUAAGCUGGAUGUAUUUUAUUUCAGUGUAUAUGUUUUUCAAAGAAUUAAAAAAAAAAUUGGGGUGGAGAAGAUUUUG